CCUGGCGCCGCUUGCUGCUAUUUCACGUGAGAUUCAAGCCCCGCUGGGCAAGAUGGAUCAUGUAGCUGCGCCACAAGGCGCAGCGCACGCGCCGGCCGACGACCAGUGCAACUGCACGACCGCGCACAUCGACCCGAACUGCUACUGUCCACCCGACAGUCCCAAAGGCCGCGCCUCAAGCGGCGGCGCCGCGGCGCCGCACGCCCUGACCCACAGCCACGAGUCCCUGGGCUCCUUCACGCGCAACCUGAGCGCCAUGAGCCUGGAUGACAGCGCGACGCCGAAACCGCCGGGUCGGGUCUCGCCAGACUUCCGCGGAAGCGAGGGCCACGCUCUGACCCAGGCGGCGCGCACGCUCUCGAACAUUUCCGCGGACGCCGGCGUCGCGCCGGCGUCGGCGCCGGCGCCCUACGCGCCCCUCGCGCCGCCGUCGGCGCCCGCGCCCUGGCCGCCGGCCGCCGCGCCGAGGCCCGCGGCGGCCGCCGCGGCGCCACCGUGGGCGCCGGCGCCGGCCUCGGCGCCGGCGCCCUGGCCGCCCGCGACGUCGCCGCGCUACCGCGCGACCGACGAGGCGCUGCGCCGCGAGCGCGCUUUGACUUUUGACGAGUCCGACGGCCACGCUAUGAAAGUAGACGCCUGCGACGCCUGCCCCUACUGCCACGACACGUGCGCCGACCCGGACUGCCCUAGAUGUGCGGUCUGGCGCUUGCGGCCUCGCAAAAUGUGUAGGGGCUGCGCCGUCUUCUCGCCCUGCGAGGUCCGGCGCCACGCGUCGGCGGAGUCGUGCUGGCUCGUGGCCGGGCGCGACGUUUUUGAUGUCACAUCAUUCCUGCCGCGGCACCCGGCCGGGACGCGGUCCAUCGUCCGGAAGGCCGGCGGCGCGGACUGCACGGAGGACCUCGGCUUCCACUCGGCGAAGGCCCAAAAGCUGUGGAUGCAGCACAAGAUCGGGCGGCUGGAGCCCUGCGGCGCGGAGAAGAAUCCGGACAACGGCUGCGCCGUGGCCUAGCCGAGACGUACUGUGUAAUCGUGUUGAUCGUUAUUAGCCACGCUUUGCGUCGACAGCGUGCCGUUGACGUCGGAUCGCGCCGUCGGUGCCGCGUCUACGAGUCAUGAACAGGUCGAGCCGCCGUCGGAGACCGACACCGAGGCCGACACGCCGACGCGCGCGAUCAAGCCGCCGCGGCCGCGCACGUCCAAGCUCGAGGGCAACGCCGCGCGGACCGCGGUCGUCGCUGUGCUCGUCGCCGUGGCCGUGGCCGAGGUCCGGCGCCUCGACAAGAUCGUCGCGCUCGUCGGCGGCUUCCUCGGCAUCCCGCUUGCCUUUGUCUACCCGCUCGCCGUACACCUCAAAUUGGUGCCGAACGCGCCGCCGCGGACGCGCGCGCUGAGCGCGUGCGCCAUGGCCGUCGGGGCUGUUCUCGGGCUUGCGUGUUCGGCGGUGACGGUGCUGACGUGGAAUCGGUCUUGA